CCGUAGUGAUGCUAGGAAACGCUAUAAAUGAGGACGAAACUCCACUGGACUGUACGUCUGCAGAGGAACUUCCUGAGCUCACUUUAACUUUGCUCAAACACUUCUUACCAAGUCCAGACAAUGAUCCAGUGUGUGGGGAGGAAUCUGCAGCAUGCUGUUACUGCAGUGGCCGCAGUGUUACUGCUCUACAGCAGAACAGCAGAACCUGCAGCAGAACCCAACACGACACACAGCGUGGAGCUGCUCACACACGGCGAGAAGCCGCGGGUUUUGGCCAUGCAGCGUCCGUGCGGUUCUGAACAUAACUCUUACUGUAUACACGGUACAUGUUCUUACGCACCGGACCUGAACGAACCCUCCUGCCAGUGUGCCCCGAUGUUCUCAGGACCGCGCUGUGAGCAUGUUGUGCUGACCCUUCAGGUCCGCACACAGCCUGAGGAGAUCAUCGGUAUCACGUGUGGAGUUCUUCUGCUGCUGGGCUGCAUCGCUGUGAUCUCCUACAUCUGCUACAAGAAAAGGUGCUGGAAAUCGCCUCCACCGUAUAAGAAUUACGGUCAGGAAAACUCCGUCUAGGCUGAUUCAGAUAGUGCUGGACACAGUGACCUGGACCUGGACUUAGUCCUUCAGAAACUAAACAGCGCCCCCUGGCUGACAGUAAAGAUCCCGACAGAAACUGCACUUCAAACAUAGUUAUUUCAGAAGGAUUUAAAAUGUAUUAUUGAUGACGUGAUCGCGGGUCGCUAAUCUAACAGUUAAUGUAGUUGUUUCUGUCAGACUGACAUAAAAGUAACAUCUGCCAUAAAUUUCUGAUUUAGUUUAUUAUUUAUAUAUGAUAUAAAGACACAAUAGACACAAUAUAAAAACACACCAGUGCAGAAACAGACAGUUUAUUAAAGAAAAGAAAAAAAUCAUCUAGAGAAAUAAUCACAACCACUCUUAGAUUCCAGCUUCUACCAUCUGCGUACUGAAUGUAACAUUUGUGCACAUGAGUAUUUAUUGAUUUGUCAGUAUUCAUAAUAAUUUAUGAUGUAACGUAUUUGUAUCUGAUUAUUAUUUAUUAAGUUAAUUUGUCAAUAAAAAAUCCCAUUUUAA